GGAUUUUGUCAGACUUCAAAGGGCAAAUACAAAACAAGGUCAUGUCAGGGUUUCUAUUAUUAACAACUGUGAGUGUACUAGGAACUAACAUAAUCCUGGCACAAGCACGACUGGACUCCUUGAAAACAGUGGAUGACUACAUGAACAUCUGUUUGGAUGGCGAGCAUCAAAAGUCAGUCCCAGGUCCUGAAUUGGGUUUAGUCAAAGAACUAUGCAGUCCCUGGGCAGAGCGUUCUUGUUGCUCUGCUGCAACAGCUCGUGGCGUCCAUAUGGAUCGGCGAUGGUUGAAUUUUGAUUGGGAUCAUUGCAAGACACUCAGCCCUCGAUGUCGGGAAUAUUUCCUAAUGGACCUCUGCUUCUAUGAGUGCUCUCCGAAUGUUGGGCCUUGGCUGGUGGAGGAUGUCAGGAAAAUUCGUAAUGAACGCUUCCGAGAUGUUCCUAUCUGCAAAUCGGAUUGUGAGAACUGGUGGGAAGCGUGCCAUGAUGACUACACGUGCCUAGACAACUGGGCGACAGGCUUCGAUUGGUCGUCAG